AUGACUUCCGGCCCCCCCCCCUGGCGUGCCACUGCAUCGGCGACCACCACAGUUCCUUCAUACGUUGGACAUGUCAACCCAGCAUAUAUCCCGGUCCAAGCACGCCGUAGCCUUGUCCCCACAACAGUAGCCAGCCCGGCUUCAGUUUCGACCACCUCACCAGCCACGGAAGCGACUCCCCGCAAACGAGUAGAGUGGCCGGCACCCGUUCGGCUGGAGGAGAUGGAGACGAAGUUGAAAACUGUCAUCACCGAAGCAGCAGAGAGUAACAUGCUCGAUCAGAUCGACUGGGCCAGCUUGCCUCUACCGCAAGUCAUGGUUCAGAAUGAGCGCAACCGGAUCUUGGCCAGUUCAAAUGUAUCAUCAUGGGCUGUUCCAAGAGCAGCUUCUUCCCAGAAACCAGAGGACUGGUCGAAAAAGAGAAAGUCGGCCGAGUUCCAUGGGGACAAAGACAGCUGUCCACCCUGGAGGCAAACUAACCAUCAGAAUGUUUUUGAAAAUCGAGUCACUUAUUCCCCCACAGACAAACGACAACGCAUAGAUCAUAAAACCACUAGUAAGUCUAAAGCUAAUCUGGAGAUACGGAGGAAACGGUUUGAGGAACCUCUGUCCACAAAUGGAUCUUUACCGUCAUCUCGUGCUGAAUCGCCUAUCCCGAGCGCGGAUCACGGACCUGUUGUUGGAAGGUGCCAAAAUCUAGAGAAGAACUACUUCCGUUUGACAUCGGCACCGAACCCGGAUACAGUUCGCCCUCUCCCAGUCUUGGUCAAGACACUGGAUCUUCUAAAGAAAAAAUGGAAACGCGACAACAACUAUGGCUACAUAUGUGAUCAGUUCAAAUCAUUACGACAGGAUUUGACCGUACAGCAUAUCAGAAACGAAUUCACCGUGAGUGUGUAUGAGAUCCAUGCUCGUAUCGCCCUUGAGAAAGGAGAUCUUGGUGAGUAUAACCAGUGCCAAACCCAGCUGCGGGCAUUAUAUGCCCAGCAGCUUGGUGGGCACCCUAUGGAAUUCAAGGCGUACCGUAUCCUUUAUUUCAUUCAUACCCGCAACUGGACGGCCAUGAACGACGCCUUAGCAGAUCUAACACCAGCAGAUAAGCGGGAUUCUGCUGUGAAACAUGCCCUGGAUGUCCGGUCUGCCAUUGCCCUUGGAAAUUAUCACCGUUUCUUUCAGCUUUAUCUGGAUACUCCUAACAUGGGCGCUUACCUUAUGGAUAUGUUCGUGGAUCGGGAGCGACUAACCGCGCUUGCGGCCAUCUGUAAAGCGUACAAACCUGACGUAAAAAUUCGAUUUAUUACCGAAGAGUUGGGCUUCGAGUCUGAUGAGCAAAGUGCGCGCUUUAUUCUGGAUAAUACUUCUGAAGACUUACUCCAGGAGAAAGAUGGAGCUGUAAAAUUGCUUACUGGAGGCAAGGCCAACCAGUUAUUCGAACUUGCAAAAGCUAAGGCUCAUCAAGUUAUCGACAUCAAGGGACAGAUCUGA